AUACAGUUGAGUGCACGCGAUGCAGACGAAGAAGUAAAAGAAGAAAGUGGACAAGCAAUAGAAGAAGAGGGUGGAGGCUGUGGUUACUCUGAUUCGAAGUGGAAUAGUUGCCACAAAAACCAAAAAGCAAAAGCCAUGCCAAAAGCAAAAAAACUAACUCAAGUCCAUAAGCCAAGUCAUCAAUAAUAACCCAACAAGUGUCCAAAACUAAUCACGAACCACCUUACCCAAAAAUAACUCCUGUUCGCCGAUAUGCUAGGCAACAGGAGCCCCCCAACGUACAAGCAACUCGCAACGGGAACGGGGGGCUCCGCCAGCUCCGCCAACAAUCUCGGCUCCAGUUCCAAAUCGUGCAGUGGCCAUCACUAUCAACAGGCUUAUCUGGGUCAUUCCCACGCCUGCUAUCAUCAUCAGCAACAACAACAACAACUGUUGGGACAUCAACAUCAUCAUCCAAAUCAUACACACGGCAGUCGCACCUCAUUGACGCCCACCAUGAAGCGCGGCAAGAAGAAUUGGGGCAGCCGGGAGAGAUCUAGCAUGAGUUUCCUUAUUGUAAUUCUCUUCUUCGCUGUCUUCGGCCUUAUCAUAUUGACAGAGGUUUUCAUGAUCGACGAACGCUCCCACAGCGGUUUAAUGGCCAUGAGGGCGGGCGGCGGGGGCGGUGCCAGUCUGGGCGGUCGUAUGGGCGACUCGAUGCCGGAUUAUGAUAAUGUUAAGGAUGACUACGAUCUGGAUGACAGCAUUCUGAGUGAUAAUAAAUUAGGUUUUAUACAGUUUCGUGACAAUAAACUUAAAAUUCAAGAAGCCGCAGGCGUCGACGGUCAACGUCCACGUUAUGCGGGCAUGCUGCUCAAUGGCGCUGCUGGAGGUGGUGCGGGAGGUGGUGCAUUCGGUGUUGGUGUCGGUGGUGCUGGCAAUGGUCUGAAUAUGCCAUUGAUACCAUGGGGACAACUGCUGCCCGACAAGGUGGAGGAGACGCUGCCACAUUUCCCAUUUGGCACAGCGCCCAGCGAUGGCGCUUGGCAGGUUGUCAAUGGCACCCGCUUCAAAUUCUUUGUCUACUCCGCCUAUUUCGAUCGUCGCGAUGGUGCACGCCUGGUACGCGUUAUUGGCGCAACCAAAACACGUGGACCAGAGCGUGUCUGGUGCAGAUUCUGGUACGGUCCCACGCUUCUCAACAACAGUGAGACAUCCGCGUCGACAGCACGUGCCAAAUACACAUCCGCCACGGUAAUGGCUCGCGUCAAGAUCAUUCGAGAGAAUUGGAAUCUGAAGUACAGUGCCUGCUUUGUGCUAUGCCCGGUGCGUGCUCCGCCUUUAGAUGUGCCACAAUAUGUUAGCAUUGUGUCCAGGUUGCGUGCACCGCCUGGCAAUUUGCUUACCUUGCGCAAUACGGAUCAGGAUGAAGACUUUGCACAACCGUUGGCCAAUUUCAGUGGCAGUGGCGACUCCCGACGGCCGCUGCCACAUGCACCACCCAGUGGAGAGCAGAUUCCAGAUCGGAUUGCAGUUUGUGUGAAACCCUUUCAUUUUAGCUACGAUCAGGCUCUGUAUCUGAUGGAGUAUCUGGAGUUUUAUGCAUUGUUGGGCGUCUCGCACUUUACCUUUUAUAAUCAUACUCUGGGUCCUCGGGCUUCUUGUGUUCUACAGAGCUAUCAAAGUGGACAGGUGCCUGGCAAUCUGACGGCCUAUGAUCUGGAGCCGUUGCAACCCUCAGAGGCGGCCAACAAUGCAACGCCACGUGUGCUUAAGUCCUUGCAUUACCAGCGUCCCACGGUUAGCAUCCUGCCAUGGAAUCUACGCAUGCGUUCUCAGAAGGAAAUACGCACCGAAGGACUCUUUGCAGCGCUCAACGAUUGCCUCUACCGCACAAUGUAUCGGUACAAGUAUCUGGCGCUGGUCGAUCUUGAUGAGUUUAUUGUGCCACGCUACACAGAUACGCUCAACGAGCUUUUGGGCUCUCUUAAUCAGCGCUUUCGCAAUCGCAAUACAGGCGCUUAUUCGUUUCAGAAUGCCUUUUAUUAUCUACAGUUUGCCGACGAUCCUCUGGCCAGUUCUGGGUUACCAGGGGGCAACGAUCAGUUGGGCAGCGUGCGUGCCUCAUUGGUCACACAGCGCAAGACACGCAGGCGCUACAAGCUGCAUCCGCAAAAGCAACGCUCGAAAUAUAUUUGCAAACCGGAGGCGGUGGUCGAGGCGGGGAAUCACUUUGUUUGGGAGUUUUCACCCGGUAUGGGAUCGUUAAAUGUGCCGCCAAAGGAGGCCAUAUUGCAGCAUUAUCGAGUUUGUGAAUUCGGUGGCAAUGAUUGCAUAAAGGCACCCUCUAUAAUGGAUCGCACAACAACCAAAUAUGUUAAUCGAUUGGUGCAGCGUGUGGAUGCCGUUUAUCGACAUUUGCGGCAACGAUGCGAUCUGCCCGCGUUGCCAACGCUGCCCAAACGUCCAAAUGCACAAUCGGAGAUGCAGCACAACGAGAAACCAAAGUUACUACAGAAAAUGCGCGAAUUAAAUACACAGAAAGAAGGGAAGGAGCAGGUGAAGGCACAACCAAGUGUAACAACGAAACAACAGCAGGCAAAGACAACGACACAAAAGUCUACAAUAACCACUAUAAGAAGAACAACUACAACAACGACAACGACGGCAAAGCCAAAGAAUCCACUUAUGGAAGUAACCACAACGACAAGAACAGCAGCAACAGCAAAUGCUAUGCAGAUAGCACCCCCGGGAAAUGUGCGAAGGAAACGUAAAAUGAUCGCUUUUGAUUUAGAUGAUAUGGGUGUUCCUAUAGCCCGUGUGGAAUACCACUGAGAAUUGGAGUUAAUUGGCGACAUAAAUCAGGCCUCAGGCCUUGGAUAAUUUGAUUUUUUGUUUGUGUUUGUGCCAAUUAGUUGAGUGUUUGCAGCGAAAAUAGAGAGCAGAGCUUCAUAUCUCAAGUAGAGUAUAGUAUUUCGGUUGUAUUUUAGAGCGGUUGUAUUCCCCCUCACAUUUUGCUCAAUACUCGUAUCAUAUCAAAGAGAGCAAUAAAGAGAAUACAUGCAACAGUCCAUCACAAGAAUGCAAUUCUCAUAGUUCUUGAAGAUAAUUCAAUUAACUUACAUUUAAUGGCAUUUAAAUUGGUUCAUUUCUUUUGAUCAUCCUAAAUAUAUCUUAAUACGAUAUAUAUACAAAAUUAUUCCUAAAUUAUGGAAAUUCCUAAAAUUAUAGUCAAACUGUUAGAAUAAGUUUAGUCUACUCGUAAGUAUAAGUACCAAAAAGAAAAUACUAUCCCCAAGUACUGUUAAUAUAAUGUCUGUAUAUGAGAUUUACAAUUGCAAACUAUUUGGCAUUAAUUUUUUCAGAACACCUCCGAGCUAAGCACUACAAAAUUAAAAUGAUAGCCAUUAUAUAGUUAGCUAGUUCCCUAAUCUAAUCGCAAGAAUUUGCGCUGAAAUGAGAAACAAAUACUAAAUAAUUUAACAAUAAACAGAAACGAAUUUUAAAAGCUUCAAAGUAUAUUGCACAUGAUAUUUUUGGCUUUAACCGCAACCAGCAAACUUCAGAAGCACCUACUAAACAAUUUAAAUGAUAACAGAUCAAAUAUGUAUACAAUGAAGAUAUCUAGUAAUAGUGCUCAAUAGUUUUUAAGUGAUUAAGCAAACCCAUUUACAUAUAUAUGGGAGCUUGUUUUUCAAAAUAUACUUAUAUUGCGGUCAAUAAAAUGCAUGUGAGCAAAUUAAGAACAUAAU